ACCAAACCACAAGGCAAAGCCGAUCGCCAUGGCCUCUCUCAUCGCCAACAUCUCGGCCGUCGUUACGGGCGCGGUGCAAGCGGCCGUGGCCUCCACCGUGGAGAUGCUCCCCACGGACGCGACAAGGGACGCCGUGCGUGAAACGGCCAAGGCGUCGGUCGCCUGGCUCGUCGCAGCGAGAGACGGGGCCGUCGAAAAUUUCCCGCCCGCCGCGGAGGCGGCAAGGAGAGCGGCGGGUUCCGCCGUUGAAACCGCGGAGCCAUGGGUGGAUAUGACGUACAAGCGCCUGCUUGGCCUCUACGGGCGGCUGGCCACGGCACCGGCCACGGGAGGAAGAGCGGACCAGCACGUGGUGCUGGUCGGUCUCCUCCUCGUCGUCUUCACCGUCUGGGCUCUCAGCUGCCGCACCAUGAAGGGCCCCGGGCUCGGCGGGGUGCGCAUGCCCCGGGCGAUGUUCGAGGCCAGCCCGAAGACGUACUAUGCUGCCGUCCGUACAGGGCGUAGGGCGCAGCGGGACGCGUCCGGCGCCGGAUGGACGUUGCUCGUGGCGGCGGCCGUUGCUUGCGGGGCCUACCUAGCAGCCAAGACGCUCUACUGACGGAGAUCCAUGCUGCCUUGCCUCUACCGAUGGGGUACAUAGUGGUCAGGGGUUGAUCGGUGCUUCCGCGAUGGAUGAAUCUCGUUCCGUGUCGUCAGCAGCGGCACACCAGCUCGGAAGAUUGGCGCUGUCCGUCAUUUAGUUUAUCCAGUUUUCUUCCAAUAUUGUCGUUUCCUUCUGAACCCUUAAUUUGUGUGUCCUUGGCGCCACUGGCACUUUCCUGCGAGCUUCUCUUCUCCGGGGUGACAGGAUGCCAAACUGUCAGGACAACUACAUUGUAUCUUCCGCCGCAAAAAAUAU